AAAAAGGAAAAGCCCCAAAGUUUUGAUCUUUCUAGAACACUCCAACCUCCUACUUAAAACUGCUAAACCCUCACCAAGUCACAAGGGUUUUUACACUUUUGAGACUCUGUUUGACACAACACAACUAUCGCCCCCAACCCAACAUCUGUUAGGUUUAGGGUUCAAUGGCUCCAGUUCUAAGCAGAAGCUUAGCAACUGCUUCUCUAGCUUCGCUUCCUUCCUCAUCUCCCUUCACACUCAGAAACCCCAGGAAGGCCUUGAGCCUGAGAAGUGCUUUUGUUCCUCAAAAUGGGCUCAGGAAGGGCUUCUCUUGCGGUGGAUUGAAGUGGAAGCUUGAGAGCAAAAACAGAGGAAUAUCUAUUCGAUGUGAUGCGGCGGUUGCCGAGAAAGAAGCCACCGAUACGCCCGGUGAAAAAUUCGAGUACCAAGCCGAGGUCACUCGCCUAAUGGAUUUGAUAGUUCAUAGUCUAUACAGCCACAAGGAGGUGUUUCUGAGGGAGCUUGUGAGUAAUGCAAGUGAUGCUUUGGACAAGUUGAGAUUUUUGAGUGUGACUGAGCCCUCUCUGCUUGGAGAUGCUGGUGAGCUACAGAUACGCAUCAAACCUGAUCCAGAUAAUGGGACUAUCACUAUAACGGAUACUGGUAUUGGAAUGACAAAAGAGGAACUCAUUGACUGCCUUGGAACCAUUGCUCAGAGUGGUACUUCAAAGUUCUUAAAGGCUCUGAAGGAAAAUAAGGAUCUUGGUGCAGACAAUGGCUUAAUUGGUCAAUUUGGUGUUGGGUUCUAUUCUGCUUUUCUGGUCGCUGAGAAGGUUGUUGUCUCUACAAAAAGCCCAAGGUCAGACAAGCAAUAUGUUUGGGAAGCAGCGGCUGACAGUAGCUCUUAUGUAAUUAGGGAAGAAACUGAUCCUGAAAAUCUCAUACGCCGUGGAACACAGAUCACACUCUAUUUAAGGCCGGAUGACAAGUAUGAGUUUUCAGAGCCAGCCCGGAUCCAGGGUUUGGUGAAGAAUUACUCGCAGUUUGUUUCCUUCCCCAUCUAUACAUGGCAAGAAAAAUCAAGGACUGUUGAGGUGGAAGAGGAGGAAGAACCAAAAGAAGGAGAAGAACCAAAGCCAGAGGGAGAGAAGAAAAAGAAGACAAAAACUGAGAAGUAUUGGGAUUGGGAAUUAGCAAAUGAAACGAAGCCUAUAUGGAUGCGGAAUCCAAAGGAAGUUGAAAAAGACGAGUACCAUGAAUUUUACAAAAAAACUUUUAGUGAGUUCUUGGAUCCAGUUGCGUACACUCACUUCACCACUGAGGGUGAGGUGGAGUUCAGGAGUGUUCUUUAUAUUCCUGGAAUGGGGCCUCUUAACAAUGAGGAUGUAGUGAACGCAAAAACAAAGAAUAUACGUUUGUAUGUGAAACGGAUAUUUAUCUCAGAUGAUUUUGAUGGUGAACUGUUUCCUCGAUACCUGAGCUUUGUUAAGGGUGUGGUGGAUUCAAAUGAUCUUCCUCUUAACGUUUCUCGAGAGAUUCUUCAAGAAAGUCGAAUUGUAAGAAUUAUGAGAAAGAGACUUGUACGGAAAACAUUUGACAUGAUUCAAGAGAUUUCUGAGAGUGAAAAUAAAGAGGAUUACAAGAAAUUAUGGGAGAACUUUGGCAGAUUUCUAAAGUUGGGAUGCAUCGAGGACUCUGGAAAUCACAAGCGCCUAACACCCUUGUUGCGGUUCUACUCUUCAAAAAGUGAGGAAGAACUGAUAAGCUUAGAUGAUUAUGUCGAGAACAUGCCUGAGAACCAGAAGGCAAUCUAUUACUUGGCAGCAGACAGUCUGAAAAGUGCGAAAAGUGCNNUUUUCCUCCCCAGGUUGCUGAUGCUGUUUCUUUUGUCUCAGGUUUUGUAUUUAGUAGAACCUAUUGAUGAAGUGGCCAUCCAGAACCUACAGACAUACAAAGAAAAGAAGUUUGUAGACAUUAGCAAGGAAGAUUUAGAGCUUGGUGAUGAGGAUGAGGUCAAAGAAAGGGAAACUGAACAAGAAUACAAUCUUCUCUGUGACUGGAUAAAGCAACAACUUGGUGAUAAGGUGGCGAAAGUCCAAGUCUCAAAGCGUCUAAGCUCAUCUCCCUGUGUACUUGUUUCUGGCAAGUUUGGAUGGUCUGCCAAUAUGGAAAGAUUGAUGAAAGCACAGGCACUUGGUGAUACUGCAAGUUUGGAGUUCAUGAGGGGCAGGAGAAUAUUGGAAGUUAACCCAGAUCAUCCCAUCGUUAAGGACCUAAAGGCUGCUUGCAAGAACGCCCCUGACAGCACAGAUGCCAAGAGAGCUGUAGACCUAUUGUAUGACACAGCAUUGAUCUCCAGUGGAUUCACACCUGACAGCCCAGCUGAGUUGGGAAACAAGAUAUACGAGAUGAUGGCAAUGGCCCUUGGAGGAAGAUGGGGUAGAUCGGAAGAGACGGAGGUAGCUGACGGUGAUGCAGGAGAAUCAUCUGAUGCGAGUGCUGGUGAAGCGGUGGAACCACAAAUAAUAGAACCAUCAGAAGUGAGGGCAGAGAGCGAUCCAUGGAGCGACUGAAUGUCUGGCAGAAAUGAUGUUUUAUAUAAAUUUUUUGGCAAUAUUUGAUUAGCCUUUAGAAGAAAGCAUACGGUCGCUAACUUGGUAUGAGGGAAAUGCGUGCCUUUGGUUAUGUGGACCUAUGCUUAAAUGCUUUUGCCAAUUUCCACCUUACGAGAAACAAUUCAAUAUUCUCAAA